AUGGCGUCAAUCUCGUCGUGGUCUGACCUCCCGCAAGAUCUCCUGCGUCUCGUCAUCGCCAGAGUCGCUUUGCCGGUUGACCGCGCCCGUUUCCGAGCGGUGUGCCGUUCCUGGCGCUCGGUCCCCUCUCCACGCCGGACGCCAUGGCUCGUAGCUCCAGAUGGAUUUUUGAUGCGCUUUGAAGACGACCCCUGCAGGCUCGUUGCUUUCCCCGACAACUGCCGCUGCAUCGGCUCCACCGAUAGCUGGCUCGUCAUGGACUUGACCGACUCCAAGACACGCACUCAUACCUACACGUUGGAGAACUUCUUCUCUAAGACGACCGUGCCGUUCCCCGAGCUAGACACGGUCAUCGGCAAUGUUUCCAAGCCGUUCGAGGUUCGCAAGGUGCUCAUGCGGUCGCCACCCGAGGGCCUCGUCGCUGUCAGGACCAACAAGUAUAGUUACCCCAUCAUCUUGGUCCAGCCAGGGAAGGGUUUGUGGCUACCUCAGCCAAGGACAGCUCCCUAUACGCGUCUCAUCGACAUCGCUUUUCUCCAUGACAGACUCUAUGGGCUCACGCGGGACGAGGAUCUCUUCUCCUUCCACAUCGCCUUUGAUGGCAAGGGCGCACCCACCGUUACCGGUAUGGAGUGCAUCGUCAAGCACUCUACGGUUGAUCAUGAUCAUCAUGAGCAUGGCUUGGAACAACCGAGAAAGAGCACCGGCGACAACAUAGAAUAUAACGGCAUGCGCUACGACGAUGAUGAGGAUGGUGUCGUCAUGACAAUCUGGUACUUGGUCGAAUCACGUGCACGUGGGAAGUUGCUUAUGGUGAGACGCCAAAUCAAAGGGCCUCAACUUGCUACCCGCUUCACUUGCAAGGUGGAGGUUUUCGAGGCAGACGCAAGCACAAGCACCUGGGUGCCCGUGUCCGGUGGGCUAGACGGCCAUGCACUUUUCGUCAGCAAGCGUUUCAGCAGAUCGGUAUUUGCAGGUGGUGACGUGGCUGAGGAUACUAUUUAUUUUAUGGAGACAGGAGAAGCGUAUAACAUGAGAUCCAAGACUACAACCCCGCCCAUCUUAAUGGCCUCUACCCAUGCCACGUGCCUCUUUCUUCCAGGUUCUUUAGAUUGUUAUAAAAAGGAAAAGGAAAGUACCUACACGAAUCUUCGUGUAGAUCAAUGA